AGUCUUCAUUAAAUCUUCGCUUUCAUCACAUCACCAGCUUCUCAACGUUGUCAAGUUGUGUGCUAUCAAAAGAAAGUUUAAAAGAACAUACACAUAAUUAAUAAUUAUUUAUUUCAAAUUUAUGAAACGAAUUGAAAUUAAUUGAUUAAUAAACAAAAAAAAUAUUAUCAGAAAUUAAUCGAUUUUAUUUUAUUUAAAAAAUGGAUAAAAUUAAACAUAUCAUUAAGAAUGGCAAUGGCAAGUGUGACACUGAAAUAACAGUAACAUCAGCGGAAGCAAAUGUUAAAAGUAGUUUAAUUGUUGUGUCGAAUCGUUUACCUUUUGUGCUGAAACAAGAUGACCAGGGUGGAAUGAUUCGUCAAGCCAGCGCUGGAGGUUUGGUUACCGCUGUAGCUCCUGUUGUUAUCAAAGGCAAAGGUUUAUGGGUUGGUUGGCCUGGUCUUCAUCUUCCCUCUGACUUCAGUGACACACAAAUUCCAGAAUCUGAUCCAACAGAUCAAACUCCAACUGCAGGUUUGAAGUCUGAUCAAGUGGUGACAGUAAACUGUGACCCUGACUUGUUUGAAAUGUAUUACAACGGAUGCUGUAAUGGAACGCAUUGGCCUUUGUUUCAUUCUAUGCCGGGUCGUGCAAUCUUUUCCGCUGAUCACUGGCGCGCUUAUGUCGCCGUAAAUAAACUUUUUGCUGAGAAAACAAUCGAAGCUUUGGAACGUUGUUACAAGAACUCAACAAACAAAGGCAUUCCAAUUGUUUGGGUUCAUGAUUAUCAUCUUAUGCUCUGUGCCAAUUACAUUCGUGAAAUGGCGGAAGAAAAAGAUCUCAAAUUUCAUCUUGCUUUCUUCUUACACAUUCCAUUUCCACCCUGGGAUAUCUUCCGUUUGUUUCCAUGGUCCGAUGAAAUCUUACAAGGAAUGUUAGCUUGUGAUAUGGUGGGAUUUCAUAUUCGUGACUAUUGCUUAAACUUUGUUGAUUGCUGUCAAAGAAAUUUGGGCUGUCGUGUCGACAGGAAAAAUCUUUUAGUUGAACACGGUGGAAGAUCGGUGAGAGUACGACCAUUACCGAUUGGAAUUCCUUUUGAUCGUUUCGUUGAACUCGCAAAAGGUGCAAAGAAAAUCAUUAAGACCAAGCAGAAAGUUAUACUUGGUGUUGAUCGUCUUGACUAUACGAAAGGUCUUGUGAAUCGUUUAAAAGCUUUUGAAUUAUUCCUUGAACGUCAUCCUGAAUAUAUUGGACUUGUAAACUUUCUUCAGAUUUCUGUACCAUCUCGUACUGAUGUUACUGAAUAUCAACAGUUGAAAGAAGAAAUGGAUCAACUUGUUGGACGUAUAAAUGGUCGUUUUUCAACAGCAAUUUGGUCACCAAUUCGUUACAUCUUUGGAUGUGUUGGUCAAAGUGAGCUUGCAGCUUAUUAUCGCGAUGCAGCUGUUGCUAUGGUGACACCACUUCGCGAUGGAAUGAACUUAGUUGCAAAAGAAUUUGUUGCUUGUCAGAUCAAUGAACCACCAGGUGUGCUGAUUGUUAGUCCCUUUGCGGGUGCUGGUGAAACAAUGCACGAAGCUUUGCUCUGCAAUCCUUAUGAACUUGGUGCUGCUGCUGAUGUUAUCUAUCGUGCCUUAACAAUGCCAGAAGAUGAAAGAUCUUUAAGAAUGUCACGACUAAGAAGACGUGAAAUGGAUACAGAUGUUAAUCAUUGGAUGAGAUCAUUUAUGAAAGCAAUGGGAUCAGGUGUAGAAGAGGAUGACAUUGGAUCAACUCAACUUCGUCCAGUGACAAUCGACGACUUUGAUGAUUAUCUGCUAAACUAUAUUGGAUAUUCUCAUAAAUUGGCACUUCUCCUUGAUUAUGAUGGAACUUUAGCUCCAAUUGCACCACAUCCAAGUUUGGCACAUCUUCCAAAUGAGACAAAGAGUGUCCUUCAAAGGUUGUCAAAUAUUUCUGAUGUCUACAUUGCAAUCAUAUCGGGACGUGAUGUUGAAAAUGUUAAGAACAUGGUGGGAAUUGAAGACAUCACUUAUGCUGGUAAUCAUGGUUUGGAGAUUCUUCAUCCUGAUGGAAGCAAAUUUGUUCAUCCAAUGCCAAUUGAAUAUGCUGAGAAAUGCAGCGGACUUUUAAAAGCUCUCCAAGAUUCUGUUUGUCGCGAUGGUGCUUGGGUGGAGAAUAAAGGAGCUAUAUUGACCUUCCAUUAUCGUGAAACUCCACAUGAACUCAGACCCGCAAUGUUAUCAAAAACUCGUUAUUUAAUGGAAAGUUUUGGAUUUAAAGCAACUGAAGCGCAAUGCGCAAUUGAAGCGAAACCACCUGUGCAGUGGGAUCAAGGACGAGCUUCUAUUUAUAUUCUGCGAACAGCUUUUGGUGUUGAUUGGAGUGAAAGAAUUAAAAUCAUUUAUGCUGGCGAUGAUUCUACAGAUGAAGACGCAAUGACUGCACUUCGUGGCAUGGCUGCUACUUUCCGUAUUGCUAGCUCAAACAUCAUUAAAACAGCAGCUGAACGUCGUUUGCCAUCAACUGAUUCAGUUCUAACAAUGCUUAAAUGGGUUGAACGUCACUUCAUGAAUAAGAAACCGAAAGAUCCAUGCAGCACUCGAAUGAAGAAACAUUCAUUUAAGGAAAGUGUCGGAUUUCCAAUUCAUAUGUCAUUUGACUUGACAACCAGCCCUGCUAGAAGUCCGUUGAGCAGUCCCGUCCCUUCCCCAACAUGCUUAUCUGCUGAUCAAAGUUCCGAUGAGUUAUAAUUGUUGUUAUUAACAUGAAAGAGUUUACAUAAAUAGAUAAAAAUUUCUUACUUUCUACAUAUUUCAGAAGCAUUUAAUUAUUGAAUUAAAUUCUCAUUUAAAUUUAAAUAAAAAAAAUACUUUUUCUUGCUGCAGCGCUGUUAAAAUAUUUUUGACCGAAGAGAAAAUAAAAAUUGGAAGCCCAGUAAUAAGGU